AUGCCGCCUCGUCAUUAUGCGUUUGGAGAUGUCCCACAGUUUCGAACCCCCAACUACAACUCCUCGCGGGGUGGUCACCUUAUGCCACCUGGACCUCAUGACACUUUCACAAUGCUGAGCCAGUCCCCAAUGUCGCCUGCAAGCAGCUUCGGCCCAGAUCACGCCCCAGACAGCACAACCUUCCUAGAAGUGCCUCCACGUCAGACAGAAGAUAUGUCCCAGUCGUUGAUGGGGAUCUCACCACGGCUAGCACUCGAGACCAACUUCGGUGACUUUGAGUUCUCCUUCGACGAUGCCCUCGCGCCCGAUGAUCCCCCCGGACCUCUUUUCCCUCCACAACCCGACGCUUCCUCUCCUCUCUUAGAAAGACUGCACAGUGAAUUGGAGCAGAUCGGGGCAACGGUCCAGGAGAUUGCAUCUUACCCGGGUGUACCCCAGCUGUACGAUGCCAAAGAACUCCUUAAGUGCAGAUUCAGUAGUUUUGAGACUACGAUUCAAACAAGAAUUGAACGCGACGAGCGGCCUAGCCUUAGUAGCAGGUUUGGGGAUAGAUUUCUCUGCAGGCUUUGUCAGUAUGGACAUCGCAAGGUGUACAAAUCUCGUGGUACUUUCAAGCGCCACGUCUCUGAGGGGCACCACCCCAGAUAUCAGUUUCGUUGCCCUUCGUCGUGUGGUUGGACCUCGUUUAGGAGGGACAAGGUCCAUGACCACUUUAGAAACACCCACCGACAUGCAGGCAGACUCAGGCGGGAUCAAAUCAACCGUAUAGAAAGGCGAAUCCCGCCCCCAAUGAUCUGCGAGAUCUGCUCGAGACUAGUCGACGGCUGGGAUGACUACUUCAAAUGUGUUUCUGAGCACUGCCGUCUUCGCGAAGACGACUCGACAAAUACCAGUGCGUCUCAGAGCAGGAGAAGCAGCGGAGACAGCGGAAGCGGCGCAAACGGUGGCAGUGGGAAUUUCAAUGGCGGUGGCUUUCUCGGACCCCAGAACCCCUUCCAGUUUGGGGGUGGCGGUGGCCAGAUGAAUGGUGGUUCUUAUUACUCCAACACCGAUCAGCAUUACUUCUCCCAGGCCAGCAGCUACUCUGAGUUUGACUCGGCCUCCCUUAGCCGCCAAAGCCUGCCGGGUGUGUUGGGUUCACGCUCCGAAAGCCCCGUUUCUUUCAGGAGACAGACUUUCCACCACUCGUUUUUUAAGCAGCCAAGCAGGAUGGAGGCCAUUCUUCGAGAGCCUGAAAUCAGUCCAGGCCAUCGGCAGCCGCUUCGAAGGAGUUCCACGGAGUCCUCUCUGAGCUCUACAGAUGCAGACUCAGAUUUGCUGUCGCCCCCCAAGAUACCUCCCCCAAAACCUCAGUCUGCCGAUAGUCCUGUCCGAGGGAACCCCCUCGCAAACUUGUUCAAGAACGACCUACCAAGGUCCGGUACCCUUGAAUCAGACGUCCGCGACAACAAGGAAUGCAAGAACUGCGGUCAUAUCAUGGGAGAUUGCACAAGCUGUCAUUCGCUGCAACUGAGUGUCAACGAGUGCCACAUUUGCGUGAAAAAGUCUUGCCAAAAAGUUUCCGAGGAAACAUCUCAACUACCGAAAUUCAGUCUUCAUGAAGUGACUGUUGGUCAGGAAGCGGACGGUACCAAAUCCGAAGAUUCGACUUCACAGGUCUCAGACAUCUCUCUGCAUAACGCUCUCCGGAUCCCCGCAGAUGACCGUUCGGAAUUAACCGAGAAACACUCAAGUCGAAUCAUGGAUGAUGUCGUCAAUACUACCGACACGCCCUCUGCAGUGACCAUGGGUCCAAAUUCCGCGACCGUGCCGAUGGGUAGUCGCAAAUACAACAAGACCGACCCUUUGAACACCUCUGCCUUGACGUCACUCCACAAUUCAUUGUCAGUGAUGCUCGUCCCGAAAGACCUGCCAUCAUCUACCCACGAUGCUCUCUCCAGUGAAAGUCCAACACAGCAGAAGGCACCAUCGAAGACCAAGUCUUUGGUAAACUCGGCGUUAUCUGCGCCGUUGUCUCCGAGCAACCCGCACUAUGGCUUAGGCCUAUAUGGAUACCAUAGACCAAAGCUCAACCUCGAUCAAAGCUCCCUGAUCCAGAAGAUGAUUCCACAACUUAUGCCGCCCAAAAGAAGCUUGAAGCACCACACCGGAAAAUUCCUGUCGACAGAGUUGACCCCAAGUAUUCGACAUGGACGAGCCAAGUUGUCUAGAUCACGUGGAUCUUCGCAUCCCAGCCAAAAUGGCCUGCAGCUUUUCCGAACGCCAACACCUAUCAUUGAAGAGGUUGAGCCGCAAGAAGAAAAUCAGGAUGAAGAUAUAGAAAGUCUUGAUCUUGUGGCUCAGAGCUCCUUCGCGCUGAGUCAACGCCUCGAACGUCCGGAUGACCCCUUACGUUCCAACCGAUCCGUUCCAUCCAAACACAUCCUCUCGCGUAAGAAAUACAACGCUCUACGAACCAAACUUCAAGUUCUAGUGGAAAUUCUAGCCCUCCGACGGUCUUCCAAAGCCCCGAUCCUAGCCCCGGAAGAGGCCAACACCUCAUACCUGAAAUGCAUCAUACCGAGUGGAAGCUACUUGAAAUCACCAAUCCUUGACUUCGAUCUCAGCCGCCUGGACAUACAAUCGUCGCUUCCAUUGCUGUUGGAGACAAUGUCCUUGUUAGAAACCGACCCGAAAGGGUAUACGUCUCAAAAGCUCACCGAUUAUAUAUACGACCCUCACGAUGAAAUGCACCUCCUGUUGAUUACUUUGAUACCCCUUAUUAAGAAACUCUUGUGGAUGCCGACUCUUUCUGUUGAUUCUGCAAUGGCUGCAGCUGUUGCAAUAAUUGAGGUUUAG